AUGACACAGUCUAUACCAUCGCUCGCUUCUGCUGCUGCCCUGCUCCUCUUUCUCGCCACUACAGCAACAUUCAAUCCCCACGUCGAUGCCUGCGGUGUCACCAUCCACAACGAAGUCGCCUUCAGAGCAUCCCGUAUCCUCCUCUCAACCACCAACGAGAACAAUAACAACACUCGACUCGACCUGCUCUUUGCAGGCAGCUUCUUCCCUGAUUGGGGUUACAACUGCAUUGGCAAACUCUACAAUGAGGCCGCCGAGGAGGCACACUGGCCACCGUUUGCAGAGGCGGCCGUGAGAUACAUCCUCGAGACAUACCCCAAGCCUUGGGACGACCACACCAAGGUAGCUAGGACCACUCUCUCCCUUGUCACCCGACACGACAUUAGCCUCUCCUCAGGAUUCAUCGGGGUCCUUGCAGAGACCAGCUUUGGGGGGGAUUACUCCAAGGGCCAUACGCUCGCAGACAUUGGAGCCGAGUUUGUGUUGUCUCACAUGGGGAAGAUUGACCACCUGAUCACGUCGUGGAAGGUGCCAGUGAAGGAUAUUACAGAGAUCUAUAAGCGGAUGGGGUAUCGCGUUCCAGGCCCUGUUCUGAGCCAUUGUAUGAGGAAUGGGUUUGCAGGUGUCCAGGCAAACGCCCGUCUUGGGAGCCAGCUUUUCCCUAUCUACGCACCCCAGUCGCCGUUCUUGAUUGAGCAGGUCGAGGAUUACCCCUUGGGUGGGCUGAGGGACAUGACAGAGUGGACAGUCGACUGUUGGCAUGGACUGGCUCAGUACCUGGACGAGGUACGACCACUACCCGACCUUAUCGACCCUAUUGGAACCAACACUACCUUCAACCUAUGCUACGCUCUCUGGGAGGAACGGACCAAGACAUAUCGCAGAGAUGCAUUGGACAAUGCCCGAGAGGGACAAGCCCGGUAUGGACAUGCUGCUAUCGAGGGUGCAAAGGCUCUCUUGCGACUCAAGCAGGCUGGGUACAAGGUCAAGACCGAUACCGACAGCAAGCAUGGCAUGGUCACCUAUUCCAUCGAGAGGAUUCCACAUGACGGCAAUGUCUCUGUUGAACACGAGGGGCUCGACUUUGAGGUGGCACCUGUUGACGAGGAUGAGCAAUUGGCACAGCAGGAGCAACAACACCAUUCACACAACAUGAAGCUGACAAAAAUGGAAGCGAUCAAGGCGUCAGGAUCUCGUGUCAAUGCCUGUUUGACAUUUUCGGACGAGUUCGACUCGCAGGUUAAGACACUCUUUCUUCCUAUCGCCUACUCCUCGUUCGGCCACGCUGUGGUUACUGGAGACUUUGAUGGCGAUGGUAUCCUUGACCUAGCCAUUGCUGCCCCUCAUGUCACCUUUGACCCCAGAGCUCCCUCCCAAGGAUCGGUCUUUAUUGUCCCCGGUCAGACCUUGUACGACGACGAUGACAAUCUGCAGGAUGACCCCGAGGGCACUGAUGUUCGCACCCUGGCCUCACAUGUCCUCCAUGGCGAUCCUUCAGAGCCCCAGUCUCGGUUUGGAUGGUCACUUGCUGUUGUUGAUCUGAACGAGGACGGGAUUGAUGAUCUGGCGAUUGGUGCACCGGGACAUGGAGCCAAGGAUAUGGUCUAUGGAGGUUCGGUCUUUGUCUACUUUGGUCGCCGUGGACAAGGAUUCAAUAAUACGCCAGACGUGAUUAUUCACCAUGACAGGACCAAAGACAGGGCGCUGGAUGUCCCUCAAAGUGUCGGAGCUCUUGCUGGGUUGGGAUAUGUCGUCGAAGGUCUAGAUCUGACGGGCUCUGGAUUCAAGGAUCUUGUUGUUGGGAUGCCAAUGGCUUAUGGUAUCGUUCCUACCAAGCCUUCGAACAAGACCAAGCCCCCGCUGGAAUUGGCUCGCCAGACUGGCAAAGUUGUUGCUUUCUUGGCUUCUACUAGGCACAAAGGUCCGAUCCUUGACAUUGAUCGGGAUUGGGAACUGCAGGGCGAUGCCAAGUUUGCGUGGUUUGGAUCCUCGAUAGCUGUCAUUACAGAGUCGUUCUCGCAGACUGCUCCUUCAACGCCGUCCAGGUGGUCGUGGCUGAUCCCAUCUUGGUUCAACCGCAAAGGCGACAAAGAUAAGGACAAGGAGGAAGUAGAGCUGAGGGAGAGGAGGAUUUUGGUGGUGGGGUCGCCUACUUUUGGAGGCGAUGAUUAUGAGCAGGAUGCCAUGCGCGGUCAUAUUCAAGGAUUCUUGCUCCCCAAUGUUACUGUGGUGACUCCCUCAACCAAGCCUCCAGUCAAGCCGUUUUUGAGGCCGCAGUGGAUGUUUACGAUCCUGGGCGACACCAAGUUUCAGCAACUCGGAUCUCGUCUCGCUGCCUCCAAUCAUUCCUCUUCGGACUCGCCCUCUGGAUUCAAAGACCUGCUGAUUGUUGGGUCGCAGUCUGAGGAUGUGUUGAACACGCUUCCCAAGCUCGGUCGUCAAUGGCAAGCGGGCAUGGUCCGGAUCCUGGAUAUCUCGCAGAUCGCCAACGGGACGAUUGUCAAUAUAUCGGAUCUGGAUAACGAUACCAAUGUGAUCCGGGAUUCUUUGCAGGGGUCCCAGUCGAUGGCGCAUCUUUCGGCCGCGAUGGAGGUCUCGACGGAUGGCAAGAGUCUUUGGCUAGCCGAACCUUAUGCUAAAGGCGAAGAUGGACGCAUUUUGGAGUGGGAGCCUAAUUAUUCUAGGAGACGAGGUGAUGAUGAGGAUAACGGUGGACGCAGGAGAAGAAGAGUAGGAGGACAGAAGGAUGUUGUUAGUAUGAGGGGCCAACAGCUCGUGUUUUCGAAUGAUGGAGAGGGAGAUGGUGGAGAUGAUGAUGACGAUGAUGGCGGCAAUGACGGCGACCGGAUCAAGCAGUGUUUUAUUGGCACUGAUUCUCGAGGCCGCUUUGGGUCUCAGUUGUUGGUCGCCGAUUUGAACAAGGAUGGUGUUGAUGACCUUGUCGUCACCUCCUCCCACGCCUCUCAAUACGCCAAGUAA